UCAUAUUAGUGCAGAACACUGUACCUUUAAUUUAAAUGCCCUUGGAGUCUGCUGGGAAGAGAAAUAAUACUGUCAGUCAGUAUGACAUGCAGAUGAGUGCCGUCGAUCUUAGAAUCACCGCACACUUCACUCAUUUGGGCAGUCACGGGGCCAAAACCAGAGUGUGGAGCCACAGUGUGGCGGUGGAGGCAGCAGCAAUGGGAGGCCAUACAGCACCCUAUGACAAAAAUGGAACCCACCAGCAGUGUGAGGAGACCUGAAAGUGGCACAUGGCAGAGUGUGGCGAUGGAGACAGCAGCAAUGGGAGGCCGUACAGGGACCCAUGACACACUCUGGACCUGGCAGCAGCAUGAGGAGGCGGUACGGGGGCCCAUGGCAGAUUACGGGCCUGGCAGCAUCAUUGGAGUCGUUACAGGGGGCCCAUGGAUCCGAUAUGGGGCUUUGGGCGACGAGGCACCUAUGGGGAGG